AUGGAGGCCAUUUGGGCGACAUCCAGGGAUAGGGAUACCAGGAGUUCUGAUGUGUUUGAACGAUUCAUGCAACUCCGUCUGCCGACUUUUGGGGGAGCACCCGACCCGGUCCAAGCCGAACACUUGCUGGCAAAAAUCGCCAAGAUGAUGGGGCCUUUAGAGUGUACUGACUCUCAGAGGGUCACCUUAGCCGUAUACCUACUCGAGGGAGAGGCCGAGAACUGGUGGAGCAGCAUACAGAGAGGGGUGCCAGUUGGUUAUGCAUGGACUUGGGCAGGCUUCAGGACAAAGUUCCUGGAGAAGUAUUUUCCACGUUCAUGCUGGAGCGCGAAGAUCGCACAGUUCUUGAAGUUGGAACAGGGAAAUACGACGGUCGCCCAGUACGAGGCGAAGUUUGAUAAACUAUCACGAUACAUACCAAAGGCCCUAGAGGAUGAGGAGUAUAAACUGGAGAAGUUUAAGGAAGGACUAAAGCCAGGGAUACAAUCCCGCCUAUGCACCUGGGAUUUCGGGGACUUCCCGGAAUUGGUAGAUAAAGCAAUGAGGGUGGAAAAAGACUUUGAACGCACCGUCCGCUCCCGCUCACCUACUCGGGAUGCCCCGUUCCGACUGAGACAGCCCCCUCCUGCCCCGCCUCUCCCUAUAGGGAGACCCAGGCCACUGUCCACACGAGCAUUGCCUUUGCCCCCUGGUGGAGGCUGCAGUUACUGUAAAAAGAACAACCACAGCACCCCGAAUUGUUUUCGGAGGAUGAGGGAUUAG